AUGAUCUUCAGCACUGACAACGGUGGAGUGCCUAAAAACGGUGGAUACGACUACCCCCUGAGGGGAAGAAAAGACACUCUAUGGGAAGGAGGAAUCAGAGGGGUAGGGUUCGUACAUGGUGACAUUCUCUCCAGGAAAGGAGUGAAUUGUACAGGACUUAUUCACGUGACUGAUUGGUAUCCAACCUUAGUUAAUCUGGCUGGUGAGUACAUGGCUACAGUGCUUUUGACCCAGGAGCCCAUCAGGUCUUCUCAGUUUUAUCUCAGAGAGGUGCUUUGUCUUGAGACAUUCUAUCAUGAGAGCGUUGUAUUCCAUUCACAGUUUAUUUAUCCCUAUAGCUUUCAUACAUACUUCACAUCUUUUACACAUUUCACCCCACACUUUCUUUGCACAUAUAUAGCGCGCGCGGAAUAUUUUCUCAUCCCUGAUGAUGCCGUUGAUCAGUGAAAGCUUGGAUUUUGGAUUUUACUUUUUAAACAGCAGUUUAAGGCCUCACUAGAACAGUUUUAUAUUUUUAAAAGGUUAACAUCUCAUGUAAACAAACUCACUUGUCUGUCGGGUACAAUAUAUUUUAGGUGGGCAAUUGGAUCAGGAGGAACUCGCUGCCCUUGAUGGUCACGAUGUAUGGAAGGCAAUUUCUAAUGGUGAUCCUUCACCUCGCACAGAGAUUCUUCAUAACGUAGACACUCCUUCUGUUCCACACCAGUUGGACUUUGCAUAUCAAGGAAUUGGUCUUCGUGUUGGAGACAUGAAACUUCUCAUGGGGGUCCCUAACAUCUCUUACUUCAUACCACCCGAAGAACGGAAUUCUUCUCAAGGAAAUGAAGUGUAUUUGUACGAGUUUGAAGGUGUAAGUUAGUUCUUGAAGAUAUAUUAGUCCUUUGUGCACUGGCUAUGUUAUGUAUCGCCCCAUGUAAGGGCCGGGAGUCCAAGACAUUCUUGGAUUCUGGACUCCAUGUCGUGGAUUCCGGAUUCCUGGUACUGGAACUUGGAUUCUAGAUUCCAAUCCGCCCUACGGAAAAAGAUGGCGGCUGUAUAUUUUACCACAAUUCCUUUCGAACCUAACACGGCCAAUUACACAUAAAGUCAUAUUUUUUUUUGGGGGGGGGGGGGGGGCGAAAUUUGUCCCUGUAAUAGCAACAUUGCCUAUCCUAGGUUUGAAGUUUAUAAAACUUUUCUGUGCGUUUUUAUGAUCAAUUUUAUGGUUUUCAUGCGCUAAGAACUGUGGGUACAUGUACCAGUCGCCAUCUUUUUAGGUACGGUGCGGUGGAUUGUUAGCGGGAUUCCGGACUCCUUAAGCUAAAUUCCAGAUUCCAACGCUCAGGAUUUCGGAUUCCAAGGCAAAAAUUUUCCUACAUUUCAGAAUCCGGAUCCCCUUACGUGGUGUGAUAUGUUUGACAUACACAGCUUUCAUUUGGAGUCCCUUCGGGUAUUCUUUGUGGCCAAUAUUUGCUUCCAGGUUGCGGGCUUGCAGUUCUCUCUGUUUCCCCUCAAAACAAACAGACAAACAAACAAAAUAAAACAGAAAACAGACGGGCCAUGGAAAGGGUCAACCAAAUCUUCCCACGGUGCCUUUCGCUUUCAAAAGCUCGUUCCCAAGUUUCCACUCGAUCCUCUGAUAUCUUCCACAAGUGAGACUGGUCACAAAGUAAGACAUGCUCAGACUCAUUCUCCUAGCUUAUUUACAAUUUUUCAGUUCCUUAAUUACGUCCGUUUUCGCUGAAACUGAAUACGGACUGAGUUGCAGUUUAUUCAUUCCGUGGAUUUGUCAUUUUAGAGCCUUCGAAACUGCGCGAAUGACACUGAUGAGCCAAAUGAGACCCUUUCUUAUUUUAUUCGGAGAUUGUUUAAAGCGCUCGUAUAUUUGAAUUGCUCGCCUUGGUGGUCAAAAAAUAACUAAUAUAAUGAAGUCCACUAUUUCUUCGCGAUAUGACUAAUGUGGAAAAUGUGUUUGUUGUUUUGUUAAGGCUCAAGCUGUAUAAUCUAAUAUUUUUUCUUUGCUACGUUUAGUACCAAAAAAUUUCUUUUUUUUAGCCUCCAGUUCCCCUUGUCGAUGUAGCCCUCUACAAUAUCACCGCUGACCCAUAUGAGAAGUACGACCUCAGCAAAAAGUUCCCGGAUAUGGUAGAGAAGUUCCAAGAUCGAGUGCAGUCGUACAUGAGUGGUGCGUUACCUCCUGCUAAUAAACCAGGUGACCCGAAGGCGCGACAAGUAGCAAAGGAGAAUGGGGCCUGGACUCCGUGGAUGUGAUCUUCCUCGCAAUGAGCCAUUUCUGAGUUGCUCCAAGCCUCUGUUUCAAAGCGAGGCUAAGUGCGAAGCCAUUGAUAUGAAAAUGUUCCUUUAUUCUCAUGCAAAUAUAAGUCAUUUUCACAAGAUAGGGUUUUGCACUAAGCCUCGUUCUAAAAAUAAGAGUUUUACGAACUCGGAAGAGGCCCAUUAGAGAAAUCCGGAGCUUUCCUUAUUUUUUUACUAGCUGUCCGUUUUUAGAUUUUUCUUGCAUUGCAAGUGUGAGUCAUUUGCAAAACUUAGCUUAGAAAGAGAAAUGGACAAUGAAUGAAAUAUUCACAUGGGAAUAUGUAGAAAAAAUUUCGAUUUAGUGCCUAAGGUUUUUUACUGUAAACGGCAGGGUAGGUUUUGGAGAAUUAAUUGUAAUUUUUUCCGUCAAGGCAGUAUAGAUGUAGAAUCUUUCGAUUACAAACGUUUAAAACCAGUUUGGUAUCAUGAAUUUGCUUGUAAAUAUUAAUGGGCAUCUAUG